AUGAUAAAUGAUACUACAAAAGAAACAGCUUUUUUAGUUACAAAUGCAUCAGGUCGUCAUAUUAACCUUUUGAAUGAUAAUAAUGAUAUACAACCACAACCUAUGAUGAUAGCUACAACAGUAACCCAUAGUCCACCUUCUUCUGUUGCAUCAGACGAAAAUAUCAAUACAGAUAGUUCUUCUUCUUCUUCUAUUCAUACACCAUUACCUUCACCUGGACGUCAAACACAAUUUGAUCCAAAAAGAAAAUACCAUUGUACAGAACCAGGAUGUACAAAAAGCUUUACAACAAGUGGGCAUUUAGCAAGACAUUUUAGGAUUCAUACAGGAGAAAAAAAUUUUCCAUGUCUUUUCCCAGGGUGUUUAUCCCGUUUCUCUCGUCAAGAUAAUAUGAUGCAACAUUAUCGUACGCAUAUGUCACCAAAAUCAAGAAAAUCACAAAAGAGAGUUAUUACAGAAGAACUUCAUCCAAGACCAAAGCUUCAUGCUCAUCAGAGAAUAAGAUCAGAUCCUUAUAUGAAUGAAAGACCUUUAACCAUAGAUCAGCAUUUAAAUAAUUAUCGUCAAUCUUUAUUAACUAAAUCAUCUACAACUAAUCUAGUUCAUUAUCCUAAUAUACCUUUAAAUUCUAUAGUAGAAUUACAACAGAAUCACCUAAAUAGGUUAAAAGAUACAAUUAACCAAAAUAAACUGAUACAUAUUACACCAACUAAACCCACUACUCAAUAUCCUAUUUAUAACAAUACUUCAUCAUUUGUACUACCCUCUUCCCCUAUUACUACUACCAAUACUACUACUACUACUACUACUACUGUGUUAGAGCAAAGACAACAACCCGAAAUUACCUUUUAUCAACAUGAACCACUAAAUAUGAAAACCAUUAAAAAGUCAAAGGUAUCAUUACCAUUUACACUAUUACAUCCAACAAGCUUACCAUCAAGAGAUAACGUGAUAUUAUUUAAAACGAUACAAAAACAACAAAAACAACAACAACAACAAAAGGAGGCAACUCUUCUUCCUUCCUCAUUAGCUACUACCAUUGAUAAAGAAGAUGACGAUAAGCAUACUAUUUCAUCUUCUCAAGCAGGAUUAUUACAACUUGCACACAUUGUUAGUACAUUUGGAUGA